AUGGGGAUGCCAGGGGAAAUAUCCACAUGCAUGCUGAUAUGGAUGGCACUGGCUAUUGGAUUCGCCACUGCACAGACAGCUAGCCCCUCAGUUAUUACAAUCAUCCCUUCAAUUACGACGAUACCAAUAAUCUCAGGAGUGAGCCCUGCACACAAUGGUCAGGUCUGCAGCACGUGGGGGAACUACCACUUCAAGACAUUUGAUGGGAAUGUCUUCCAGCUCCCCUCCACCUGCAACUACAUCCUGACCUCACUGUGCAAAGGCUCCUAUGAGGACUUCAACAUCCAGAUGAGACGGCAGGUUUUGAACAAUCUACCCACUAUCAGCAAAAUCACUAUGAAGCUGGAUGGAACAGUGGUGGAGCUCUUCAAGGGUUCUGUCAAUAUCAAUGGAGAGAAGGUCAAGCUGCCGUUCAGUCAGUCAGGAGUUGUGAUUGAGCAGAGCCCCUCCUACAUUAAGAUCUCCUCACGGCUGGGGCUGGUUGUCAUUUGGAAUCAAGAUGACUCCCUCUUGCUGGAGAUUGACAACAAAUACAGAAACCAGACCUGUGGGCUGUGUGGGGACUUCAAUGGUGUACAGUUCUAUGAUGAGUUCAUUAAAGAUGGUAAGUCAUUAGUGCACCUCUUUGACACAAAACCAGUUUGUGAGCACCUGCUCUCUGGCCCUGCCUUCAGCAGCUGUCAAGACCUGGUGACCAGUGACCCCUUUGUUCAGGCCUGUGUGAUGGACCUGUGUCACUGUGACAACAGCAGCAGCUCUUUUUGCCUUUGCAACACCAUGUCAGAGUACUCCCGUCAGUGUGUGCAUGCAGGCGGGAAGCCCCAGCAGUGGAGGACUGCCCAGUUCUGCUCUAAGUCCUGUCCCUUCAACAUGGAAUACCAGGAGUGUGGGAUUCCAUGUACAGAUACUUGCUCAAACCCAGACCGGGGCCAGCUCUGCGAGGACCACUGCAUUGAUGGCUGCUUCUGUCCCCCAGGGACUGUUUUUGAUGACAUGGCACAGAGUGGGUGCAUUCCAGUGCAACAAUGCUCCUGUCGCUAUAAUGGUAAAAUAUACACCCCAGGUGAAACUUAUACAACCUCCUGCAAGGAAUGCACAUGUGCUGGAGGUGAGUGGAGCUGCCAAGACUUUGAGUGCCCUGGAACCUGCUCUGUUGAAGGAGGCUCACACAUCACUACCUAUGAUGGGAAAGCCUACACAUUCCAUGGCCAGUGCACCUAUGUUCUCUCUAAGCAAUGCAAUGGGAGUGAUUUUACUGUCCUGGCUGAGAUUGUGAGCUGUGGGCUAACUGACACUGAGACGUGUUUGAAAACUGUUACUCUGGCCAUCGCAGGAAGUGAUAUCUUCACGGUGCAGGCAAGUGGAAGUGUCUUUGUAAAUAGGGUGUUUUCUCAGCUGCCACUUUCUAUAGCUCAUGUGACUAUAUUCAAACCCUCCACCUUCUACAUCAUUAUCCAAACCCCUCGUGGCCUUCAGCUGAAAAUCCAACUGAUACCAGUCAUGCAGGUCUACAUCACUGCCAGUCAUUCCAACAAGGGAAGUACUUGUGGUCUCUGUGGAAACUUUAACGAUGUGCAAGCUGAUGACUUCAAGGCCAGUUCUGGACUCGUGGAGGGAACCGCUGCAGCUUUUGCUAAUACCUGGAAGACACAAGCCAGCUGUCCUGAGGUGAAGAGCAGCUAUGAGAACCCCUGCAGUCUGAGUGUGGAGAACGAGCAAUAUGCUCAGCACUGGUGCUCUAUGCUGACAGAUCCACAAGGAGUGUUUGCUCCAUGCCAUGCUGAGAUAAGCCCAGGCGCCUAUAAAGCAACCUGCAUGUAUGACAGCUGUAACUGUGAGAGGAGUGAGGACUGCAUGUGUGCAGUCCUUGCCUCUUACGUCCAUGCCUGCACAGCCAGGGGCAUCAGCUUGCACGGGUGGCGAGAAACUGUCUGCAGGAAAUAUGCUUCCACCUGUCCCAGCACCAUGGUGUAUGACUACAGUAUGACCAGCUGCCAGCGUAGCUGCCGGUCGCUCAGUGAUCCUGACUACACCUGUGAGGUAGAUUUUGUACCUGUGGACGGGUGUGGCUGUGCACAGGGAACCUACAUGAACCAAGAGGGCAAAUGCGUUGCACCUGCAAGCUGUCCCUGCUACUACAAGGGGAUAGAGGUGCCCCCUGGAGAGGUCAUCAACAAGGAUGGAACUAUUUGCACUUGCAAGCAAGGGAAACUGAGUUGCAUUGGACAAGUUUUACAGCACCAUACUUGCAUUGCACCAAUGGUAUUCUUCAACUGCUCCAGUGCUAGUGCAUCCGCCAUAGGCUCCGAGUGCCAGAAAAGCUGCAAUACACUUGACAUGGAGUGUAUCAGCACAGAGUGCCUCUCUGGCUGUGUGUGUCCCUCUGGGCUGGUGUCAGAUGGGAGAGGGGGCUGUAUAGCUCAGGCCUCCUGUCCUUGUGUCCACAAUGGAGCUCAAUAUCAACCUGGAGACAAAAUUAAAGUUGACUGCAACACCUGCACCUGCAAGGACAGGAAAUGGCAGUGCACAUCUAACAAGUGCCAUGGUACCUGUGCCAUUUAUGGAGAUGGGCAUUACAUCACUUUUGAUGAAAAAAGGUUUAGCUUCAAUGGAGACUGUGAAUACACACUCACUCAAGACUACUGUAGCAGCAACAAUCUCAACGGCACCUUCAGAGUGAUUACUGAGAACAUUCCCUGUGGAACAACAGGAACCACAUGUUCCAAGGCCAUCAAGCUGUACCUAGGGAACUCUGAGCUAAUACUGACAGAAGGAAACUAUCAAGUCAUCCAGAGAGAUGCAGGUGUUGAGGUUCCCUACCGGAUACGUACCAUGGGGAUUUACUUGGUGAUUGAAGCUAGCAAUGGCCUGAUCCUCAUGUGGGACAAAAAGACCAGCAUGUUCAUCAAACUUAGCCCCAAAUUUGAGGGCCAUGUCUGUGGUCUGUGUGGAAACUAUGAUGGCAAUGGGAACAACGACUUCACCACCAGAAGCCAAGCAGAAGUGACUGAUGUCCAGGAGUUUGGGAACAGCUGGAAGCUUUCUCCCAGCUGCCCUGAUGCAGAGUACACUAAAGACCCCUGCACAUCAAACCCCUACAGGCAGGCCUGGGCACAGAAACAAUGUGCCAUCAUAAAUAGUGUGGUGUUCAACACCUGCCACUCACAGGUGGAUCCCACUCCAUACUAUGAGAACUGUGUGAGAGACUCGUGUGCCUGUGACAGUGGUGGAGACUGUGAGUGUUUCUGCACAGCUGUGGCAGCAUAUGCACAGGCUUGCAAUGAGGCUGGAGCCUGCAUUACCUGGAGAAGCCCACAAAUCUGCCCUCUCUUCUGUGAUUUCUAUAACCCCCCUGACCAAUGUGAGUGGCACUACAAGCCCUGUGGAGUUCCCUGCCUAAAGACCUGCAGGAACCCAACAGGCAACUGCUCCAAUCAUAUUCCAGCACUUGAAGGGUGCUAUCCAAUAUGUCCUCCAGCCCAGCCAUUUUUAGAUGAAGCCAAAAUGAAGUGUGUGGCAAGGGAACAGUGCAGCUGCUAUGAUGGAGAGGGAAGGCCUUACAUGAACGGACAAAGAGUUCCUUCCACAGAGAAUUGCUACACAUGGUAUGCAUGUUCCUGUACAUACAAAGGGAACAUAUAUGACUAUGGAAGUACAAUUUACAACACUACUGAUGGAGAUGGCAGCUGUAUCACUGCUGUCUGUGGAGAGAAUGGGACAGUUCACAGAGAUAUGUAUCCUUGUGGAACCCCAACCCCAACAAUACUGACUUCAUCACCACCCCAGACCAAAACAUCUGGCAGCACCACACAGAGUUUACCCACAGCACAACAAACAUCAGUCUUUGUCUUCUCAACAUCUGUAAUUACAGAAAGCACAAUGUCUACAUCACAGGCACUUCCAUCAGCAUCAACUCCCGUUGUGACAACUACAACAGUAUCGCCAGUAGUAACCUCUUCCCGACCCUCAGUGUCUACUGAGAAAACAGCUGUGCCAUCAACUCAACGAGUGACAACAGCUGUGCCAUCAACUCAACUGGUGGAAACAUCUUCAGCACUUGAAAUACCAUCAACACUUAGCACAGCUGAAAUCACAACACCAGAGAAAAUUGUGACAGAAUCAACAAGAUCACCCAAGUUCAUUACAACUGGACCAAGAACUUCAUCCACAACAGUAAUCACAGAAAGCACAAUGUCUACAUCACAGGCACUUCCAUCAGCAUCAACUCCCAUUGUGACAACUACAACAUAUCAAAGUAAAGAUUUUUCACGGGGGUCAUUAAUAUAUAAUGAAACAGAUGGUGAUGGCUGGUGUUUCACUGCUUACUGCACUGCCAAGUGUAAAAUAGAGAAGCAGCCAAAACCCUGUCCUAUUCUAACACCCACAACAGCAAGUACACAGUCUCCAUCCACCGUGAAUACAACAUCAACUACAACAACCAGCUCACAACCUACACCAUCUGGCCCAGACUGUGACAACAUACAUCCACCACGAAAGAGUGGUGAGUCUUGGAGGCUUGGGAAUUGUACCAUAGCAUCAUGCAGUAAUGGCAGUACUACCAUAAAGCCAGUGCAGUGCAAACCUGUGAUCAUGCCUGACUGUGAAAAUGACCGUCCCCCAGUUAAGGUGUAUGAUGAGACUGGAUGCUGCUUCCAUUAUGAAUGCGAAUGUUCAUGUGAUGGAUGGGGGCACACUCACUAUGUGACCUUCGAUGGAAAAUAUUACACCUUUCAGGAAAACUGCACUUACAUUCUGGUCCAAGAGAUCAUUUCCAAACAUGACAACUUCAGAAUCCUCACUGAUAACUCCUACUGUGAUGUCCCUUAUAGCAUAGGAUGCCACCAGGCUUUGAUUGUGUCUUACAAAGCUUAUGAAAUUGUUCUUACCCAGAAGAUAACUCCAAAUGCAACCGAAAAUGUGGUGUACAUCAACCAGAAGCAAAUCUUCCCAGCCUACUCUAAUGGUGACCUCAUCAUCAUCAGUACUGGAACUGAAAUAGUCCUGGAAAUCCCUGGUAUCCAGGCACAAGUGACAUUCAAAGGCACAACAUUCAGCAUCAACCUGCCAUAUUCCCUCUUCUACAACAACACAGAGGGGCUCUGUGGUACAUGUGACAAUAAACAGGAAAAUGACUGCCAGUUGCCAAAUCGCCAGGUUCAAUCUUCAUGCUCUCACACAGCCCCCCAUUGGUACAUUCCUGACCAGAAGAAUCCCCAUUGUUUAACACCACCUACAGUUCCACCUCAUACAACAUCGGUGGCCCCUGUAACAACUCCAACUCCAACUCCCUGCAUGUCAGCACUCUGCGAAAUCAUGCACAGCAAGGUCUUUGAGAAGUGCUGGAAGGUCAUCCCGCCUCAGGCCUUCUAUGCUGCGUGUAACUCUGAUGAUUGCCAAAAUAAGAUUUCCUGCUCCAGUUUAGAAGCCUAUGCGUCCAAGUGUGCAAGUGCUGGAAUAUGCAUUGACUGGAGAAACUCGACAAGUGGAAUAUGUGAGUAUAAAUGCCCUGAUACUAAGGUGUACAGGUCAUGUGGCCCUCCAGUGCAGCCCACCUGCAACACCAGGUAUAAUGAGAAGUACAUGAAUCUCCUUCAGACUCAGCAGAUAAACAGCAUUGGAAUGAAGGAGGGGUGCUUCUGUCCUUCUGGGACAAUCCUGUUUAACUCAUACAUAGACACAUGUGUCACCUCCUGUGACUGCACUGGACCUGAUGGGAAGCCCAAAAUGGCUGGGGAAACAUGGCAGAGUAACUGUCAGCAGUGUGAGUGUGAUGCUGACUCAAACGGUGUCCAGUGCAAGCCUGUAGACUGUCCCAUCCAUACAAACAUUACCUGUGACAAACAAGGUCAAGUGAUGCUGAAUGAGACAGUGGAUUGCUGCCAGCAAAGCAAAUGUGAGCCCAAAUCUGUUUGUGUCUUCAAUAACACAGAAUAUCAGCCAGGAGCUAGCAUUUCCACAGAUGGCUGCAGGCAGUGCCAGUGUGGAGACAGCGCUGCCUCAGACUCUCCACUGCAUGCCAUUGAGUGCCAUCCAACCCCCUGUGAUACUCACUGCCAACUGGGCUUUGAGUACCAGGUGGUUUCUGGGCAGUGCUGUGGAAAGUGUGUGCAGAAGAGCUGUGUCAUUGCACUGCCAGACAACACAACACACCUCAUCCAGCCUGGUCAGAUCUGGCCUCUUCCUGAUGAUAAGUGUGUAAAAUAUAAAUGUGAGGAGAUAGAGGACCAGCUAGUACCUGUGGAGGUGAAAACGGUCUGCCCUGAGUUCCACCCAAAGGAAUGCAUCCCUGGAACUGAGAAAACGGAUUCAGAUGGCUGCUGCCAAACCUGCACUACACAUCAUAACUGUAAUGUUCAGAAGAACAGCACCCACCUGAUCAGCAAUGGCUGCCACUCCACUGUGCCAGUGGAAAUCACUUCAUGCCAAGGCACCUGUGGGACCUCCUCCAUGUACUCAGCUAAGGAAGAUGCCCUGAUACACUCCUGCUCCUGCUGUCAGGAGAUGUCCACCAGUAGAAAGGAGGUGGAGAUGGCCUGCCCUGAUGGGACAAAAAUCAAGCACUCUUACAUCUACAUUGAAACAUGUGCCUGCCACAUCACAGAAUGUGGCAUGCAGAUUUCACCCACCUCAAAAGCCUUUGGGCAAAGACGAAGGCGCAAAUGA